AAUGUGCCAACUACUUCCGUUUGCACAUGUAGCAGCAGAACACAGAUAAACAGAGCGUACAGCCUGUUGUUAACUACGAGCUAUAUCGACUUGAUCAAAGUUGAAUUCGGUAUUAAAGGCCGUGGUAACAGUACCGCCAAAUCCAAAUCGCAACCUUUAAUGGCGUCGUAAUCAGAAUAGCUCAUGUCUUUUUCAGAAUGUAAGUUACUAUCCCUAGCUAACGUUAGCUAACUGUCUAGUUGCAGCCAGCUAGCUAAUGUUCCAUGUUAAGGUUAACAACUAUUUGUACAAGAAGCCAGAAUGUAUACGCUAUUGUCGGGUUUGUAUAAAUACAUGUUUCAGAAGGACGAGUACUGCAUUUUGAUCCUGGGACUGGACAAUGCAGGGAAAACGACCUUCUUGGAGCAAACCAAAACUAAGUUUAGUAGAAAUUACAAAGGAAUGAGUCUCUCGAAGAUCACAACAACAGUCGGUCUUAAUAUCGGCACCAUUGACGUCGGGAAAGCUCGUCUGAUGUUUUGGGAUCUUGGCGGCCAAGAUGAGUUGCAGUCAUUGUGGGAUAAAUAUUAUGCAGAGUCUCAUGGCGUGAUCUAUGUCAUUGACUCAACUGAUGAAGAACGACUGACUGAGUCAAAGGAUGCGUUUGAAAAAAUGAUAAGCAGCGAGGUUUUGGAAGGAGUCCCGCUCCUCGUGCUAGCCAACAAACAAGACGUAGAGAACUGCCUGUCUGUGCCAGACAUUAAAACCUCUUUCAGUGACUGUGCCCCAAAGAUUGGGAAACGGGAUUGUCUAGUACAGCCCUGCACUGCUUUAACAGGGCAGGGGGUGAACGAAGGCAUUGAAUGGAUGGUUAAGUGUGUGAUCCGGAACAUUCAUCGGCCUCCGAGACAAAAGGACAUCACAUAAACACCCCUCUUGUAAUUGUACUGAUUGUUUGAACUUGUGUGUGUGUAUUAGUGAGUCAGUGCAAAGAACAAUAUUGCAGAACUGUGACAUUGCAGGUUUGACUGGUUGUGUGUGGUGUCAGCUGGUCUGCGGUCUUAGACCAGGCCAGUGCUCCAGGAUUUCAGACCUCCUCCUUCACGUACUGACUAUGGCUUUUUUUUUAAACUGUGAAAUUCUCAGCAGAACGUUUUUGUGGAGGUUACAUUAAAAAAAAAAAAAAAAAAAAAGAGAGUGAAAACAACUGAUGCUCUCUAAGGCUUUGAGACUGCAAAACCAUCGUCACAUUUCUGUCAUUUCCUCCUCAGUAAUGAGACGAUAAGGAUCCUGUUUGGUGAUUUUUGAGGUGGCUGCAGUAACGCUUUGUUGAUAUCUCCAUAAAUCAGAAUUUGCACUUUGCCUCUGUAUUUUGCAGUGGGAUCGCAAUUCAAUCUCAUCAAUCUAAAUUUGUGAUGGUCUGAAUGAAUUGUGUUAGUUGUUGUUGUUGUUUGUUUUUUUUCUUGCUUGACAUUCACCUAAAUCAGAGAAAGCGUUCAGCCUGUUAUUCUAGAGUUGUCAAGACAGCGUCAAGUUAAGAAAGGAAAAACAACAGCACCCACCUUCAGGUGGUUUUGACUGCAGAACGAUUGCUGUCUCUCUUCCCCAAGAUUGAAUGAAGUUGAAACAUAACACGUCAUGAUACAAGUGGUAAUAUACAUUACAUAGUGUUUUUGCUUCUCCCUGCCCCUUGUAUUCUGGGACACAUCAUGUACAGAUCUGUAUAUGACCUAUAGAUUCAAAUAGCACAGUCCUUUUGUCAGUUCUGUAUACCGUGACCCGAGAUGGACAUGACCUUCUUAAACCUUGACUUGCUGACAUUAUAUUUCACUUGAAGAUUCCUUAAGCCCUGUAUUUGAAUUUGCAAGGAAGAAUUUGCUGUGAGGUCUUGUGAAAAACUGCAACCUCCAUCACACCUACAUUUAUCGUACUCUAUCUUACAAGCCAAAACAAAACUGCGGUCACCAGUCCCAAACAUACCAAAAAAAAAGUCUUGCCUACUCAUUCCUAUGUCAGCAUAAAGGAGGAACUGUCCCAGUAUGACUUGAAUGGGAUUCUGUUUUUCUAUUUUAGCCUUUUGUCUAUCUGUGUAUACUUUACCCUAAAACAAUGUUAAUAGAUUUUUAAUGAUAUUCAAGAAAUUAUGUAAUAAACAACCAUUUGCAAA